UGCGACAGGUCACUCUGGUCCUCACUCACCUGUCCCUCACACGCACCCCGCUCACCAUGAGGUUCUUCGCCAUCGUCGCCGUCCUGGUGGCCGUCGGGGUCGCCCACGGCCUCCCCGCCACGAGCGUCCAAGAGUCCCCCGUCAAGGGCAACGCCUUCUGGAAGGGCACCCCGAUGGACGCCGUGGUGUCCGAGUUGCAGGCCGGCUGCGCCAGCGACGACGCCGUGGCGUGCGUCAAGUACCGCGUGCUCAGCGUCCUGGACCACGUGCUGCGCAAGGACUCGUUCCAGGUGACGGACUCUGUUUCGGUGGUGAGGAACUCUUACGAAGAAUCGGCAGAGUCGACGGCGCGCUCCGAGGACGGCGGCGACCUGGUCGACACUGCGACCCGCUACCUUCAGCGCCACGACGUGCACGUCAAGCUUCCCUGGGGCGCUCAAGUGUCCGUCAGCCCCCGCGCCCUGGACCAGGACAAGCUGGACAUCAGCCUCGACUUCGGCUCCAACGACAGCGACGUCGAAGAGCAGCAGGGCACCGAGGCGAGGCACCGCAAGUACCGCAAGAGCAAGGGCAAGCUCCGCCGCAUGGUCGUGCCCCUGCUGGUGUUCGUCCUGCUCAAGGCCAUGACCCUCAUCCCCCUGGCCCUCGGCGUGCUCGGCCUCAAGGCGUGGAACGCCCUCCAGCUCGGCUUCUUCUCCUUCGUCAUCGCCCUGUCCCUGGCCGUCUUCCAGCUCUGCAAGAAGAUCGCGGCCGACCAGGCGCCCGUGUCGCAGCUGUCCGCCCACGUCGCCCCCUGGGACGCGCACUACGCGGCGGCCCGCGCCUUCGAGCUGCCCCAGGGCGCCGCCGAGGCCAUCCAGAGCGUCCCGCAGGGCGUCCUCCCCGCGCAGCCCGUGUACGCCGGCGACGCCCAGAGCCUCGCCUACCGGGGGCAGCACUAGCACUAGCAGAUUACAUCAUCUAGGACCAAGUCAGCAUAGUGAUACUAUGCCAAAAAAAUUACCAAAAAUCUAUUUAUUUUUCUUACACCAUAAUUUAUUGUAUUUUGUGUGUGCGUGAUAUCCCUGUUGAAAAGUGUAAUAUAGAAUGACAAUAAAAUUUAAGCAAAACUUUGAAA